AUGGACACCCUGCGGGAGCCCUUCCUCGGCCUCGAAGAGGGCCUGGGCCCCUCCGCCAGCCCGGGCCUGCUGUCUUCCUGGGACUGGGACCACAGAGGGGGGCCCUUCGAGCUGAGCCAGGCCUCCCCACCCCAGAGCCUGUCUCCGGCCCCGUCGCUCGAGUCCUAUUCCUCUUCCCCCCGGCCCGCUGCCCCGGGGCUGCCGCGUGGGCUGGGAGGCGCCCCGAGCGCGGGGGGCGGGGGCGGCGGCGGCGGGGUGCAGGUGGCCUACGAGAUGCUGGCCUUCCCGCCCGCCUACCUGCAGGGCGCUGCUGGCCCCAAGGCCCAGAAGGGCGCCAAGGUCAGGAUGUCGGUGCAGCGGAGGCGCAAGGCCAGCGAGAGGGAGAAGCUCCGGAUGAGGACCUUGGCGGAUGCGCUGCACACCCUCCGCAACUACCUGCCGCCCGUCUACAGCCAGAGGGGCCAGCCGCUCACCAAGAUCCAGACCCUGAAGUACACGAUCAAGUACAUCGGGGAGCUCACGGACCUCCUCAACGGCGGGAGGGAGCCUCGGCCCCAGAGCGCCUGA